AUGAGCGACUCUAAUACCUUCAGCGAUAUGCUUGCUUAUAUGCCGACCAACCUGCCUACUUCGGAUGUGUGCCCCAAUGUUAUUGGCCAGACAAUGAUGGCUAGAGCUGUAGAUCUGCUCAACAAUGGCGUGUUGGACAUGGGUGCGUUCUACGGCUCUCCUGGAAUUAUGAAUAGCAAGUACAGCUGGUACUCACCUGAGCUCUUUAGCCAGAUAACAGAUGCCGUGCAGAAAUUUGCUCUUGAGCACGGCUUGCGAGUUCUCAUCAUCUGGGGGCUCGAUUCAGUGCGAGGCGCCAACUUUGUCAAGGGAGCGGUCAUUUUCCCGACAGGUAUUGCGACUGCGGCAACCUUCAACCCACAGCACGCGUACAAUGCCAGCCGCAUUGCCGCCAAGGACACUCGCGCGGCGGGCGUUCACUGGGCAUUUGCUCCUGUCUGUGAUCUGAUCUUCAAUAAAACCAGUCCCAGACUCUACGAAUCGUUUGGCGGGGAUCCGUUCCUUUUUUCUCACAUGACUGCUGCCUCAGUCAACAGAUACCAGGGCGACUACAAGUGCGAUCGGUUGCGCGUGGCCGCUUGUGCUAAGCACUUUGUCGGAGGCUUGAAUGUCGACAAGAAUGAAUUAUCCAGCUGCAAAAUAAGCAAGACUGAGCUUUUCGAGUAUUCUAUUCUGCUGUUCAAGGCAGCGAUUAAUGUCGGCGUGGUUACUAUGAUGGCAGACUUUGGUUCUAUCAAUGAGGAAUGA